AAACACACACACACACACACACAUGGGUCAUCAGGAGAGAGAGGAGAGAGUGGGAGAGAUGAAUGAAGUGAUAGUGGAGUACAUGCAGCGUCUGGGAGUUUCCGAAGCAGCCAAGACUGAGUUCUCCUGCAGAGCCAGUGCCAUGAAAGCAAUAGCAGGUUACGAGUCCGUGUGGUUUCACACACUCAUCACCCAACUUCGUCACACUCUCUCCCAAAUAUUAAUAACGCAAUCAAAGCCUCUUCACAUCGAUCUCAACCUCCCUCCUGUGACUGAAGCGAGUGGUGACGCCAUUGAGGAUGAAGAGCAAGAACUCAACAUGGGCGAAGCUGUGCUGAUGAUGCGUGUUCUCAACUCAUUAUCCCCAUGAUUCUUUUUCAUGCAAGCCACGCACCCUUGAAUCAAAAAGUCUGGUGGUGUCCCUAUUGUUGAUUCUUCUUCAAGCCGUACGCACAAGAUUCAUGUGCGUUCCCGCCCUUUUUCAGCUUUGUUUUCUCCAAAUGAUGAACUUGAUCAUUCUUUGAUGCCAUUCACCCGUGAUCCAGGUCGUGUCGUGAUUCCGUGUGGGGGCCCCAAGUUAUCAAAUUCUAGUCGUUUGUUCGCUCUUGAUUUUGA